AAUGUUAUUCCCUCUUAUGGAGUCAGCAAGGCUGAUCUGUUACGACGAAACAGUUCACGACUACGUUAAUAUCGCUUUCCGUAGAAAAAUUUCCUAUUCUGGACAAUUCGAAAGUUAUCUAUAUCAUCCAACUCACGCAAUAGACGGUUUCACAAACAGCGACAUUACGCUAGGAGGUUGUGUAAUAUUAAAACCUACUAACACGAUAAAACCCAAACUGGAGAUUGAGCUCUCCGGAUAUCAUCUUGUUAAGAAACUCAUCAUUUGGCCAACAAAUCAAAAAGCCAAUCAACUACUUGCAAUCUACAUUCCGGAUUCAUAUAAUGUUUGCGCGGACGAUAUUCAAAUGAAAAAUGACACUGAAACGAUAAUAUAUUGUCGCAAUUUAAAGUUAAGAAGAUAUUCCAAGGUAGUCAUUCAACAAAAGUUACAAACUGAUUUGCAGCUUUGCGAAAUAGAAAUCUAUUCAGAAAAUAUUGCUCAUAAGAAGCCAGUCUAUUCGUCGUAUGCCGACUACAAUAUACAAUCUUUCGUUGAUGGAAAUCAGGCUCUUUCCGAAGUAACAUACCUAGGAGGCGGCAAUAAGUUGACUAUAAACCUCCUUGGUUAUUACAACGUUUAUGCUAUUGAUAUUCGACCCUCAUCUCUUAACACUUUUAAAGAUUUUAUAAUGGAAUUAUCGGACAUAAAUCCUUUUUCCACUAAUCAAUCAAUCACUUAUACAUUUUGUGCUAAAAAAGAUAACACUACUUUAACUUCAAACUUGUUCAGUGCAUAUAUGUGUCCCGAAGGUGGAGUUAAGGGUGAAUUUGUUCAUUUUCGCAAAUAUGACAAUCUAGCCACACCAUUUCGGAUACUUGAAAUUGAAAUUGUUGGAAAGUUGUUGAAACGACUAAGUAACAAUGAAACCAACCUUUUAUCACAAAAGCCAACUUGGUCAUCUUCCUAUUCGCAACUUUCGUCAUCAGCCUCCACUCUUACUGAUGCAAAUUAUUUAACAAAAUUUCUUUCAAAAGCUCAAGAUAAUCCAUGGGCAAGAAUUGAUCUACUUGGAAAAUAUAAAAUAUUUCAAAUGGCCAUUUUGAAUAUUGGAAACAAUCUGCAAUCACGAUCACAAAACAUUCAAGGUGUCAUAUCUGAAAAGAAAGACUUUCCCAUCACCAACUGGUCUUAUCAUUCUCAAUUGUGUUUCAACAACGACAAACACUUUUUGAGGGGCGAAUAUAGAAUAUGGAAUUGCAAACAACCACUUCCGGUUGGACGUUAUGCAGUCUUCUUCGUUUUGGGACAAGGACAAUAUUUGAAUGUUUUCGAGGUGGAAGCGUAUGGAGAAGAGAUUGUUGAUAAACAUUUCUCUCUUUUACCAAUAAUUAAGGCUGAUAGAAAUUCACAAAGUGCCGGAUUUUCGGAUAUGAUUUCCGAAAAUCUUUAUCCUCUUAAGGCAAUCGAUCGUCUUUCGUCAAAUUUCAUUGGCGCCAAACCAUAUUUCUCUUGUACAGGAAGUUUCAAAGAAAAUACUGAAGGAAGAUUUACAGUUUAUCUCGAUAAUAAUUAUCUCAUUCAUCAAAUUGUUCUUCUCCUUCCACUCGUUCAAAAAACAUUCAACGACAUUCAAAUCUCCAUUGAGAAUUCUGUAAUGAAUGAUCAUAGACAGUUUUGCAGUCGAGAAAAUGGAACAGAAUUGGAGCACGUGACAUACAACUGUAGUUUGAUUGGUGAUCGAGUAUCGUUCUAUAAAAUAGGCGGCAAUGAACAAAUACAAAUAUGUGAAGUUUUUGUAUUUGGUGAAGGAGAAGAAUACAAAUUGGACGACUUUGUUGAGAUUGUAAACUCCACAAUUGGAUAUUCUAAUAACCAAUUAGAAUUGUAUGAUAACUGGAUUUGUAGCUACUCAACUAAAGAUCAUUUUAUUCAAUUGGCAGUUUAUCAUAAAUUCAUUGCAGUUGGAUUCCUGUUAAAUGAAACAAGUGAUUUUUCGGAUGGAUUGAGAAUAGGCACUGCAAAAUCAGAAAAUAAUAUGGUUUGUGUGACUUUUUUCGGUGUUAUUAAGAUAUCAAAACCAACGAAAUUUACGUUUUACUGCGAAAAUGAAUUAAUUUCUAAAUACGUAAGGAUCACUAGUACUGUUCUGGCUUUGAAAGCCUGUUACUAUUACAUUUUAAGCCACGGUAUUGUGAACGAUGUAAAAGUUAAUUAUCAUCUGGAAUAUAAUAAAAAGUUGAUAGACAAUGUAUUCGUUUAUUUAACGAAGAUGAACAUGGAUUUAUUAGAAUGUUUUAAUUGUUGUAUGGAAGACGACAAAUGCGAAAGUAUGAUUUAUUCGCAUGCUUUAAAGCAAUGUCAAUUUGGCAAUUUUGAAAUAUUACCACAACUUAAAUCUAGUAUGACUAUUCCGACUACGGAUUUCUUUCUUAUUAUGUAUAAACAAUCCAGUAUUGUUGCAAACGUGUGUCAUUUAUAG